CAGCAACACAAGCAACAGUGCAGGCAAGGCAAAAACGGAAUAACCUGAAUAACCGAGUUCAAGUCAAACAGGAGAUGUCGGUGCUCUAUUUCACCCUAAUUUUCGUUGGAUGUCUCACAAAGGUGUUCUCAGCAUGUCCUUCAGUUUGCGUGUGCCCCCGGGAGACUCCGACGUGUGAACUGGGAGUCAGCUUAGUGACGGACGGAUGCGGCUGUUGCAAGGUCUGCGCGAGGCAGCUGAACGAGGACUGCAGCAGCGUGGAGCCGUGUGACCACGUUAAAGGACUUCAGUGCAACUUUGGAGCUAGCCGGGGCGCAUCUGAAGGCAUAUGUCGAGCCAAGCUCGAAGGAAGAUCUUGUGAGUUCAACAACAAAAUGUACCAAAAUGGAGAGACCUUUACGCCAAGUUGCAAACAUCAGUGCACUUGCAUGGAUGGCGCUGUGGGCUGCAUCCCGUUGUGCCUCCAGGAGCUGUCAAUGCCUGACCUGGGCUGCCAUAACCCCACACUGGUGAAGGUGCCCGGCCAGUGCUGCAGCCAGUGGGUCUGCCAGGACGCAGACAAGACGAAAGCGAAGAAAGACCCGGGUCAAUCAGGUCAAACUGAAGAAAACCUGACAGAGAAAGAUACCUUCUUCCCCAGAUUCAACGGAAAACAUCAAGCAGCAUUCAGAGAACAGCCUGAGAUGCGCAUACUGUCAUCUGGCCUGAAGUGUAUCACUCACUCCACCAGCUGGUCUCCGUGCUCCAAAACCUGUGGCGCAGGCUUCUCCACCCGGGUCACCAACAGCAACCCACAAUGCAAGCUAGUGAAGGAGUCACGCAUAUGCCAAGUGCGCCCAUGCUCCACAUCCCCUCCCACUGGUUUGAAGGUAAGCAAAGUGCACGAUGAUACAAUAUGA